UAAAAAAGCAAUUAAGUAAUUGAGAUGGAGCUAAAUGUAAAAUGUUCAAACUAGGAGGACAAAUGUGCAAACCUCCAACUGGCAACUGCACCUUUAAAUUAGUUGUGAACUUGGAGCAACUGCGGAAUCUGCGAACUGGAUCCUCUACUCGACCCGAAAAUUUGAGCCGACGAGAAGCAAGAGAAUGGCGGUAGGAAAGAUGCUGAAGAAGGCAUUGGUGCAGCACCCGGCGUACGCAUCAAAAGGAAGCAUCGUGAAUUCCCAAAUCAAAGCGAAGGUCACUCCGCCCUCUUCGUCUCAGUUGGGUCAGUUCCUUGGGAUUCCUGAACCCACUCGUUCCGAUCUUUCCAGGCUCAUCUCCCGGUUCAUCAAGCUCAACAAUCGCCAGAAUCCUGGAAUGAAGAAGGAUAAUUUCACUGAAGAUAAGCUGAAAGCGCUACUGGCUGGCAAGGAAAGAGUUGGUAUCCCUGAAAUAGCAAAGCUGCUCUCCCAGCAAUUCGUCAAAUCUCGCUGAAGUAUGCCUGCCUGCCUGGCUUCACCCACGUAGUAAGACUUCCAAGUGCUCUUCCAGCUUGGAUGCAUAAGUAGCAAAAACCCAUCUCCAAUAUCAAACUGCACCUUUAACUAUUGCUUUUGGUUUUCUACAAGCAUUGAAAACUCGGUAUAUUUUCGCGGGGCUCCUCUCCCUUGAGGUGGGGCAACCACUUUCCUUUGUGCUUGCUUGCUUGUUGAAUGAAUUUAGAUAGCGGUUGCUGGUCGUCAUUCAUCAACACUAUCAUAAUUGUUCCUGGUAGAAGGUAACUUUGGCACUUUCUUUGAAUCUUCUUCUGGCGUUCAUGGUUGUGUAUCAUGCUGUGCUGCUGGACUAGGAAAUGGGAGUGAAUCAACUUGAAAGUGAACAUUUUCGCAGGGGAGGACGUCGUUUCUCGUCUUUUAUUAGAAAAGCAGCGUAGAGCUUGAGUUUCAUAGGAUCCUCAUUCCUCAGGGUUGCAUUCUCGCUUAAGAUCGUUCUUGUUAUUCUGUUCUUAAGUCUAGACUCUUGAGAUGAUUGAUCCAUCAGGGUUGCUGUAGAAAUUCUAGGUUGCUCGAGUUUCUUCGAUAAGCAGGUUGCUGGAAUUCAGACGACACCAGGGGAAAUUGAGAAUGAUUGAAUUCUUAAGAUUUUCAUAGCACCCUGAUCCUGAUGAUGUCUAGAGUUCAACGAUUCUAUUACAUGGAGAAGUUACAAGUUUAAGAAAAUGACUGUCACUCUUGUGAAACUAAAUACUUGCAUUAGCAGGGAGAAUAAAUAACAGAAAAUCCCUUAUUGUCUAGCAUCUUGAUCUGGUUUGUGGAUGCCAACCAUGACUCUGCAACUAAUUCUUUGUAUGUGGUCUCUCUGCUAGACUGCUAGUGUAAGGUGCUCCAUUUACUUGCCUUUGAGGCCGAACCAAGGUUGUCAGCUCGCAGGUCGAUCCGCCGGUUGGCCCACUUUGAUCCUGACCCGGUGAGAAAAAACGGGUCGUAUAGACCCUCCGGGUCGACCGGCUGCAAGGUAUCGGAUUGGAGGUCAAACCACAUAUUUUUUCCUUUAUUUUGAGAAAUGCGCUUAUUUUCCGAUUUUUCUUUUUGCUUAACCCAAUCUUUGGAAUUCUAAGUUAACAUUUGAACAUUAAUGUUAUA